CUAAUUGUUCAACGAUGUGUGAACCUGGACAGAAGAAAGUCCCAAGAGGGAUUUUUCCUUGCUGCUACAACUGUGAAGAUUGUCCCUCAGGAACAUUCCUGAAUCAAAGUGAUCCCUACAGUUGUGUGGAUUGCCUCUGGCAUCAGUGGUCACCUCCAAGGAGCCAUCACUGCAUGGAACGGGAGCUAAACUACCUGGAAUGGCAUGCACCUUUCUCUAUAUUUCUAUUGACGUUGACGAAUGGUGGACUUUUGCUGACCAUUAUCAUAGCAAUCAUCUUUAUACUUAAUUACAACACUCCAGUUGUCAGGUCUGCUGGUGGCAGAAUGUGUUUUCUCAUGCUUGCAUCAAUAAUCUGUAGCUUUUCCUGUGUGUUUUUCUACAUUGACAAACCAAGCAAUGCAUUCUGCCAAAUAAGACAGAUCUUUUUCACAGUCAGCUUCACCAUCUGCCUGUCCUGUAUCUUGGUUAGGUCAUUUCAAAUUGUCUGUAUCUUUAAACUGGCUGCCAAGUUGCCCAAGGCCCACGAAUAUUGGGUUAAAUAUAAUGGACAGUACAUGUUCAUCUUUUUAAGCACCUUCAUCCAAAUCAUCAUUUGCACUGUGUGGAUGAUUACAGGUCCACCCAGCACUCAUGGGCAUAUCAUUACGAAAGCAAUUGUCCUGGACUGCAACAUUGGUAACACCAUUGGCUUCUCUCUCAGUUUUCUUUACACUGUUUUUCUAACAGUAGCAUGUUUCAUCUUUGCUUAUAUGGGAAGAGACCUACCAAAAAAUUACAAUGAGGCUAAGUUCAUUGCCUUCAGUAUGAUGAUCUGUUUUGUGUAUUACAUUCUGUAUAUGACAUCAAUGGUCACCCCCAAUCAGGAAAGGUACACCUCACACAUACAGACUUUCCUAACUGUCACUAGUGCCUUUAGUAUUGCUCUGGGCUAUUUUGUUCCAAAAUGUUACAUCAUUUUGUUUAUGCCGCAGAAUAACACCAUGGUUUAUUUCCAAUCCUGCAUUCAGGAUUACACGAAGAGGCAGAAUGAUGCAAAUUAA